AUGUCGAUUCUCUUAUCUCUCCAACAGUAUCACAGUAAGCGGCCAUUUUCAAGUGUUGUCUGCCGCACAUGCGCAAAAGCGCUUGACGCAAAACACGCAGCUAUCGAAUUUUAUGUCCUGCCAAGCAAUUUACUGCGUACACGAGACAACGCCACCAAUUUUACCUGCAAUUCUCUCUCUCUCUCUCUCUCUCUCUCUCUCUCUAUCUAUCUAUCUAUCUAUCUAUCUAUCUAUCUUACUCUGUUCAUAUCUAUCUAUCUAUCUAUCUAUCUAUCUAUGUUUAAAUUUAUCUAUCUCACACUGUUAAUAUCUAUCUAUCUAUCUAUCUAUCUAUCUAUCUAUCUAUCUAUCUAUCUAUCUAUCUAUCUCUACUCUGUUCAUAUCUAUCUAUCUAUCUAUCUAUCUAUCUAUCUAUGUUCAAAUUUGUCUAUCGCACUCUAUACAAAUCUAUCUAUCAAUUAA